CUCUCUGCAGCCCGAGGCCUGAGCUCUGCCAUGGGGGUAGGGGUGUCAUUACUCCUGCAGUUUUCUCUGACGUCUGGGGGCCACCGGAGUGUGGGCCGAAGCCGGCGCUACAGCCGCAGGAGCCUCCCCAGCAGGAGCUGGAAAAAACCUCAUCUCCAGCUCCACAGCCUCCAGGCAGAGGAAGAACCGAUGCUGGAACGACGCUGCAGGGCCCCCGUGGCCAUGGGCUCGGCCCAGCCCCCGCUCCUUUCUGGGCCCUCCCGGGAGUCGUCCCAGAACCUGGAGAAGGAGCCCCACGGGCUGAGGUUACAGGGCACCUCGGUGGCCCAGCCAGGCAGCCAGGCUCCAGGUCGGGUCCAUCGCUGUGCCCACUGUCGCCGGCACUUCCCCGGCUGGGUGGCCCUGUGGCUUCAUGCCCGACACUGCCAGGCCCAGGCCCGGCUGCCCCUGGCCUGCCCGGAAUGUGACCAUUGCUGCCGGCGCCCCUUCUUGGCACUGCACUGCCAGGUCCAUGCGGCUGCCACUCCAGACCUGGGCUUCUCCUGCCACCUCUGCAAGCAGAGCUUCCCAGGCUGGGUGGCCCUGGUUCUGCACCUGCGGGCCCACUCGGCUGCCAAGCGGCCCAUCGCCUGCCCUGAGUGUGAGAGACGCUUCUGGCGACGAAAGCAGCUUCGAGUGCAUCUGCGGAGGUGCCAUCCCCCUACGCCUGAGGCCCGGCCAUUCAUAUGUGGCAAUUGUGGCAGGAGCUUUGCCCAGUGGGACCAGCUAGUUGCUCACAAACGGGUGCAUGUAGCCGAGGCCCUGGAGGAGGCAGCAGCCAAAGCUCUGGGGCCCCGGCCCAGGGGCCGCCCGGCAGUGACUGCCCCCCGGCCCGGGGGAGAUGCCGUUGACCGUCCCUUUCAGUGUGCCUGCUGUGGCAAGCGCUUCCGGCACAAACCCAACCUGAUUGCCCACCGCCGCGUGCACACGGGCGAGCGGCCCCACCAGUGCCCCGAGUGCGGGAAGCGCUUCACCAACAAGCCCUACCUGACCUCACACCGGCGCAUCCACACUGGCGAGAAGCCCUACCCGUGCACCGACCGCUUCUCCCAGGGGAGCCACCUGGCGGCCCACCGGCGUGACCACGCGCCCGAGCGGCCCUUCGUCUGCCCGGACUGUGGCAAGGCCUUCCCCCACAAGCCCUACCUGGCGGCCCACCGGCGCAUCCACACGGGCGAGAAGCCCUACGUCUGCCCCGACUGCGGUAAGGCCUUCAGCCAGAAGUCCAACCUGGUGUCCCACCGGCGCAUCCACACGGGCGAGCGCCCCUACGCCUGCCCCGACUGCGACAGGAGCUUCAGCCAGAAGUCCAAUCUCAUCACCCACCGCAAGAGCCACAUCCGGGACGGCGCCUUCUGCUGUGCCAUCUGUGGGCAGACCUUUGACGAUGAGGAGAAGCUCCUGGCCCAUCAGAAGAAGCAUGAUAUCUGAGGGCACGGGCAUCAUUCGGGAGGAAGCGGUGCAGUGGGGCCGCAGGGCCUGCGCUGCUGUUGGUGUAGCGAGGGCUGGAGGGGCAGGCCCUGUUAGAGAGGGGGGUCAGCCUCCACACCUUAGGCCAGGGAACCCCCUGCAGAGCACAGGGACCGGCCCAGCUGGGGUUGGCUGAGGUUCCCUCCUCGCUCUCCUGUGCCCUGGAAAAGUAGCAAUAGCACCUGUACCCACCCCUUAGUGUCUGUCCUCCACUGGAGGGGCUACCGGUGGACAGGGUGACCCUUCUCUGGUGUUAACGCCUUAAUGUCCCUGCCUUUUAUUUUGAGCUCCUUCGGCUUGUUUUUGGAAGUAGGUGUGGUACAGUCCGUAGUAAAGAGUGCUUGGGAAGCAAAGCGGACCAGCUGGAUAUAGCCGGGGGGACCUGUUGGCCUUGUUAGGCAGCCCCAGGAGGUGCAGCCAAGCUGCUCAGACCCAUCCCACCCCAGCCCUCCCACCUGCCCCUGCGUUGGCACCCAGUCUCGGAGAGACCCAUCUGCUGUUAGUCUCGGCUCCCCUUCCUUCCUAGAGGGCAGUUCUGGUUUCUGCACAGGUCACCCCGUUUGAUUUUUUAAAAAAAAUAUAUAUUUUUAUUGAUUUCAAAGAGGAUUGGAGAGGGAGAGAGAGAGGCAUCAG